AUGGACAAUUUAUUUUCUUGUUACCUUUUCUUUUCUAAAUUACAAAAAGAAAUAUCUACAAAUGUGAUGGCUUGCUUUUUUUUUAAAAAAAAAAAAGUGACUUUUUUUUUAAGUCUCAUUUUCUUUUUUCUUUUUCUUUCCUUUCUUUGUCGUUUUCUCGUUCUUUUCUUUUUCUUCCCCUCCUAUUUUUUACUUUUUUUUUUACCUUUUUUUUCUUUUCUUUCUCUUCCCCUUUUACUUUUUCUCUUUUCUCUUUUUUUUACCUUGUUUUUUCACUUUUUUUUUUUUCUCUCUCUCUCCCCUUUCUUUUUACUUAGUCUCUCUCUCUCCCCUUUCUUUUUACUUAGUCUCUCUCUCCCCUUUCUUUUUACUUUUUCUCUCUCGCUCCCUUUCUUUUUUACUUUUUCUCUCUCGCUCCCUUUCUUUUUUACUUUUUCUCUCUCGCUCCCUUUCUUUUUUACUUUUUCUCUCACCUCCCUUUCUUUUUUACUUUUUCUCUCACCUCCCCUUCUUUUUACUUUUUCUCUCACCUCCCCUUCUUUUUACUUUUUCCCUCACCUCUCCUUUCUUUUUGAUUUUCUCUCUCUCCCCUUCACUUUUUACUUUUUCUCUCUCGCUCCCUUUCUUUUUUACUUUUUCUCCACCUCCCUUCUUUUUACUUUUCUCCUCACCUCCUCCUUUCUUUUGAUUUUUCUCUCUCCCCUUCCUUUACUUUUCUCUCCGCUCCCUUUCUUUUUUACUUUUCUCUCGCUCCCUUUCUUUUUUACUUUUCUCUCCUUUCCCUUUUUUUUUUUUUUUCCCCUCCCUCUCCUUUCUUUUUUUUCUCUUUUUCCUUUUUUUCUCUCUCGCUCCCUUUCUUUUUUACUUUUUCUCUCUCGCUCCCUUUCUUUUUUACUUUUUCUCUCACCUCCCCUUCUUUUUACUUUUUCUCUCACCUCUCCUUUCUUUUUGCUUUUCUCUCUCUCCCCUUCCCUUUACUUUUUCUCUCUCGCUCCCUUUCUUUUUUACUUUUUCUCUCGCCUUCCCUUCUUUUUACUUUCUCUCUCGCCUCCCCUUCUUUUUACUUUCUCUCUCUCCCCCUUUUUUUAG